CCCGUGACCGGAAGAGGGCGAGCGAGAGACGGAAGUGAAAGCGGGAAGGUUUUUUGGCCCCAUUAAAGCGGACCUGAGCGGCGCAGGGAGGAGGAGGUUGUCACCGCCGCUGCUGUUGUUGUUGAGUUACCACAGAAGUCGCCGCCGAGGAGGAAGAGGAGGAGGAUUCCGGGCCCCCUGAGACGUAAGUGCACUUGAAGCCUUCAUUUGAAAUCCAGAACAAUGACUUCUAGAAAGAAAGUAUUACUCAAAGUCAUCAUCCUUGGAGAUUCAGGGGUGGGAAAGACAUCUCUUAUGAACCAGUAUGUGAACAAGAAAUUCAGUAACCAGUACAAAGCUACAAUAGGAGCUGACUUCCUGACGAAAGAGGUGAUGGUGGAUGAUAGGCUAGUCACAAUGCAGAUAUGGGAUACAGCAGGGCAGGAACGAUUUCAGUCCCUUGGAGUUGCUUUUUACCGAGGCGCAGACUGCUGCGUGCUGGUGUUUGACGUAACGGCUCCCAACACAUUUAAAACUCUUGACAGCUGGCGAGAUGAGUUCCUCAUUCAAGCAAGUCCACGGGAUCCUGAGAACUUUCCUUUUGUUGUGCUGGGAAACAAAAUUGACCUAGAAAACAGACAAGUCACUACAAAACGAGCACAGGCCUGGUGCUACAGCAAAAACAAUAUCCCUUACUUUGAAACCAGUGCCAAGGAAGCCAUUAACGUGGAGCAGGCUUUCCAGACAAUUGCACGGAAUGCACUUAAACAGGAAACUGAAGUGGAGCUUUACAAUGAAUUUCCUGAACCCAUCAAACUAGACAAGAACGACCGAGCAAAGGCCUCUGCGGAGAGCUGCAGCUGCUGAGGUGGGGCUGGAGGGGUUAGCACAGUCCUUCACAAACAGAUAUCACACCUAGGCCUUCAAACACACACGGCCCCUCUCUCCUAUGUAAAAAGAAACAAGAUCUCAUCCUCAGUGGCCAAAACCACCCUUUUACCAUGAACAACGUGUAAGCCCACUCAUUCCUCUCCACGACUCCAUCAAAGUCCCUUCAUCCCAUUGCAUUAUUUCAUGGUAGCAGCCCUUUCUCCUAUAGUUUAAAAAAGGAAACUCUCUUAUAUGUUUGGAACUUAAGCUACUUCCAGGUGUUCAAUGGAAAGAAACUGUGUACAGAUGAUCUGUAACAAUUUCCCUUUACUUGUCUUGUGUUUCCCCUGUGAAGGCGGCGACUGGAAAGGCUGAUAACUCAUAGUUCAUUGCAAGCUCAGCACUCAGUCCAACUAGGUUGAGUUUUGUAUGUAUCUGUUAAUGCUUGUUACUUUUAAACUAAUCAGAUCUUUUUACAGUAUCCACGUAUUAUGUAAUGGCUUCUUUAGGAAAAAUCUUAUAGUACAUGUUAAUAUAUGCAACCAAUUAAAAUGUAUAAAUUAGUGUAAAAUUCUUGAAUUACAUGUUUAAGUACUGAAACACAGGUUGUUUAGGAAGUGAACAGGACACUUGUGGGAUGCAUUGUGCUCGCAACACAAGUCCAGAUAGAGGCAGUAUUCUGUACAGUAGAAGCAAGAAUUAUGUAAACAUUUUUAUUGAUUUAAGAGCCAAAAAGCUUCAUCUCCUGGAAAAAAUGUUAUCUGGCUUCUUUGUAGCUAAAACUUUUCAAUGGAUGAUUUGCAUAACCUUGCACACUGGAUUAUUGGACUUCCAAAAUGAAAUACAGCUUUCAGAAUGAUCACUUUGUUUGCCUUUUAUCCCCCUUCAUGAUUAACUCUGCAAAGCGGAAUCUAACAUGAUGUCUGACUCUUGUAGAACGAGCUCCACCUGGGUUGUUAUGGUCAUCCUUGAUGGCUAAAUGUCCCUUUUCCCUUUUCUCUCUAUUGUUACUUGUCUGGAUUUCCUGGAAUGGAAACUUGGCAACUUUGUUCUUCCCUAUUCUCUUCGUUCUUGCAUUUGUAGCUUUCUUAAAUGGAGCACUUCUACUGAUUUUCCCAGAAGUCUACAAUCUAGUAUGUAGGCAGAACUCUUCUGUAAAGAAACAUGCCAAUAAACUUAACAAGAACAAAA